AAAAUAUUUCGACUUGCUAAACCUAUUGUGAAUUAUUUAAUAGAGGAAAUUUCCGGUUUAAUUGCAUCUAAAACAAACAAAAAUCAUGCUUUAACACCAGCUGACAUGGUAUUUAUCACAUUACGGUUCUUAGCAACAGGAUGUUUUCUACAAAGUGUUGGUGAUAUCAGUGGUGUAGACAAGUCUACUACGAGCCGCGUGAUUACAAAAGUAACUAGAGCUAUAGCAUCUUUAAGCAAGGACUUUAUUAAAAUGCCAAUGGGAGUGGAAGAUAGAAAUUCAAAGGCACAAGGAUUUUAUAAUAUUUGUCGCUUUCCAAGAUGCAUAGGAGCAGUUGAUUGUACGCAUGUGAAGAUACAAUCUCCUGGAGGGGCAAAUGCAGAGAAUUACCGCAAUAGGAAAGGAUUUUUUUCAUUUAAUGUCCAAGCAAUUUGUGACAGCGAUUUGAAAAUAUCUAACAUUGUGUGUAGAUGGCCUGGUUCUACACAUGAUUCAAUGAUUUUUAGAAAUUCUAGAGUAAAGGCUGAGUUUGAAAAUGGAGUAUAUGGAAAUAAUUUAUUACUAGGGGACAGUGGGUAUGGAGUAAAACCAUACCUAAUAACCCCUUUGGCGAAUCCAACAACGAGGGCUGAAAACUUAUUUAACGAAGCUCAGAUAAGAACAAGAAACCCAAUAGAAAGGUGUUUUGGUGUACUAAAAAGAAGAUUUCCUAUAUUAGCGACAGGAAUCCGUUUAAAUGUUGAUAAAGUAGAAGCAAUAGAAGUUUAGUGGUGUCAUUUUACAGAUCCAACACCAUUAGUAACUGAUGAAAUUGAAGCGGAAAUAAACAUUGGAAAUAAUAUAGGAGAACAUGUUCCAAAUGACUUGGGUGGUAUAAAUAAUAGUGUUAGAUAUAGUUUAAUUAAUGAAUAUUUUGAAUCACUGUAAAUAUGUUAUUUUACGAUAUAGAAUAUAUUGCUGAGUAUUAGUUAUUUACAUCUAGAACUAAUUAUUUAUGUCUAGAAAAUGUUUCAAUAUUAUUUUACUAAAACAUUCUUAAAAUGUCUUAAUGUUUUAAAGUCAAAAUAACUUGUUAAUUAAUUAAAUUGUGAUUAUA